ACAAACACAACAGCUAGAUCCCUUUCGACCUUUAAAAGCUGGGAAUGCAUCACAAUUAAAUCUAUUGCAUUGUUGAGAUUUGUGCCACUCAGCGGAGCUUAAUUUCGCCGGAAAUCGCAUCAAAGCUGCGCGAUUCAGAUCACGAUGAUGCGGCAGGGAGCUGGAGAUCGGAGGAGAGUAGACCAAUCGGAGCAUAGAGUGUUCGAGGUUGAGGGGAAGCGCAGAGAUUCGUCAAGGCGGCCGCCGUGGUGGAGGCGUCUUUGGUUGUUGAUCGGAGAUGAUCAGUCGAGUGGGAGUGCUGUAACUGCGAGGGAUUUGGUUAGUCCGAGCGGUGAACAUUCGUACUCCACUUCCAAGCGAUUCUUGAUUCGUUCUGACAACUGGUGGUAUGCUGUGUGGACGCAUUUUAUUUUGAUAUGGGCUGUAUACUCCUCCUUCUUCACUCCUGUGGAAUUUGGAUUUUUCCGAGGUCUUCCGGAGAACCUUUUCCUCUUAGACAUUGCCGGCCAGAUCGCUUUCCUUAUCGACAUCGUCGUCCGCUUCUUCGUCGCAUAUCGGGACAUCGAUUCCUACCGCAUGGUCUACAACCAUAGGCUAAUCGCUCUUCGGUACUUGAAGUCACGAUUUAUGGUUGAUUUUCUCGGUUGUCUUCCCUGGGAUGCUAUUUUCAAGGCUUCUCGGAGAAAAGAAGCAGUGAGGUACAUGUUGUGGAUUAGGCUAAGUCGUAGCCUCAGAGUAACGGAGUUUUUUGAUAAGUUGGAGAAAGAUAUACGGAUAAAUUACCUGUUUACGAGAAUUGUCAAGCUUCUUGUUGUCGAAUACUAUUGCACACACACAGCUGCCUGCAUCUUCUACUAUCUUGCUACUACCGUGCCUGCCUCUGAGGAAGGUUAUACAUGGAUUGGUAGUUUACAGAUGGGUGACUUUCAUUAUACGCACUUCAGAGAUAUAGAUCUUUGGAAGCGCUAUGUAACAUCCCUUUAUUUUGCUAUUGCCACAAUGGCAACUGUUGGUUAUGGAGACACACAUGCUGUCAAUGUUAGGGAAAUGAUAUUUGUGAUGGUAUACAUCUCUUUUGACAUGAUUCUUGGUGCUUAUUUGCUUGGUAACAUGACGGCAUUGAUAGUGAAAGGAUCAAAGACAGAGAGAUUCAGGGACAAAAUGACUGACCUUAUCAAAUACAUGAAUACAAACAAUCUUGGAAAGGAAAUAAGUAGUGAGAUCAAAGGUCAUUUACGACUACAAUAUGACCGCAGCUAUUCUGACACUGAUGUUCUUCAGGAUAUUCCAGCCUCUAUUCGCACAAGGAUCUCACUGAAGUUAUAUGAGCCAUUCAUUAAAGAUGUUUCUCUUUUCAAGGGGUGCACUUCAGAGUUCAUUAAGAAGAUAGCAACUAGAGUUCAUGAAGAGUUUUUCCUUCCAGGAGAAGUGAUUAUAGAAGAGGGAAAAGUAGUUGAUCAACUGUAUAUUGUUUGUCAUGGUGAACUGGAGGAAGUAGUAAGAGGUGAGGAUGAUGAACAAGAGCAAUUAUUUAAGCGGCUUCAAACAUAUAGUUCUUUUGGUGAAGUUUCUUUUCUUUGCAAUACUCCUCAGCCUUACACAGUUCGUGUUUGUGAUUUAUGUCGAGUUUUACGACUUGAUAAACUAUCAUUCAUGGAAAUCCUUGAGAUAUACUUUCUGGAUGGACGAAUCAUCUUGAACAACCUCCUUGAGGGAAAAGAUUCCAAUCUUCAAAACCAGAUAUUGGAGUCAGAUAUUACACUUUAUAUUGGGAAGCAUGAAUCUGAGCAAGCAACGAGGUUGAACUGUGCAGCUUAUUAUGGAGAUUUUUGCAGAUUGAAACACUUAAUUGAAGCAGGAGCAGAUCCUAACAAGACAGAUUAUGAUGGAAGAUCACCCUUGCACAUUGCUGCAUCCAAAGGAUAUGAAGAUAUUACUGUUUUUCUCAUUGACCAUGGAGUACACCUCAACGAUUUGGAUAAAUUUGGGAAAACUCCCUUGCUUGAAGCCAUCAGGCAUGAGCAUGACCAAGUUGCUUCCUUGCUUGUGAAGGCAGGAGCAUCAUUAAUAAUUGAUGAUGCUGGUAGUUUUCUCUGUGCAACUGUAGCAAGGAGAGAUUUCAAUCUCCUAAAACGGGUUCUGGAUGGUGGCAUUAAUCCAAAUGCCAAAAAUUAUGAUUACCGAACGCCACUUCACAUUGCUGCCUCAGAAGGUUUAUAUUUAGCAGUCAAAUUACUUCUGGGAGCACGAGCUAGUGUUUUGUCCAAGGACAGGUACAAUCUGAAUGUUAAGGCAUUCAUAUAGUCUUAUGCCAUACCUUUUUUCGAUUUUUGCCUGAAUUGAAUUUAUUAUCAUUUUUAGCAUAAUGACACUCAUUUAUUCCUAGGAUUGUACCAUGAACAUACUAAUCCUUCUUCUGUCCUAAACUUGAAACUGCACAUGUAAAAUAUGUAUCUGAACAAAUUCAAUAUUUGCUCAGUUAAUCAUAGGAGUGUUUACUUUUGAGAUGAAUAUUCUGAAUUGGUUCUAUUUGUCAAAGAAAUGUAGUCCUUGGAUGGUUUGCAUUCUAGAACUCUUAAUAGUAUUAAAGCCAGUUGUGUCCGCAUCAAAGCAUGUCAUUUUGUUCCUCAAGCUCUUGACUUUGCUAUUGUUCUGGAUGCACCACCCUUUAUCCUUCCAAUGAAAUAUUACGUUUUUCAUCAAAACUAUGCUACUAUAGAUUUGCCACGAAUAUUGCGACUAUUGAAGUUACCUAACACUAGGAAUGUGUUUGGUAGAACUUGCAGGAUUGCUACACUGUAUCUCAGGGUGAUGUCACCACUAAUGAUGUUAAAUCACAUGUUUGGUAUAUCAUUGUUCCGUAAUAAAAGAUCAGAAAAUGAUGUACAUUCACUGUCUUUGGCAUCAGAUUGAAGAGAGGUUAUUCAGUGUGAAAGAAUUAUAAUAACCUUAUAUUGAAAAUUUUCAAAAUACAUUCUUUCUGUUUUUCACUUGUAGUCGUUUCUUAUUUAUACUUAACAAGGUUUUCUAACUUUAUUGACCAAAACUUGAUUUUGAUUAGUAAUUCUCUAAGUGAAAUAAUGAGGAUUGCUGAUCUGUGGUUCAACAUGAAUGCUUCUGAAAGUUUUUCUCUUAUUUCUCCACAGACUGCUUGAUUAGGUGGUAAUUCACCAAAUGAGCAUGAUGUUCAUUUUUCCAAAAACGAGAACCAACUAUUAAGCAUAUGAAAUCUUUAACUCACGUGAGAGUGAAAAGAAAAUGAGGGAACUAUU